GGUUCCUUUCUCGUUCCUUCGCUCUUCCUCCAAGCCGCCGAGUUGCUCUCUGUGCACGUGGGCUUCAGACUGUAUUUCAACAAUGGGCUUUGGUGAUCUGAAAACUCCCGCAGGCCUUAAAGUCUUAAAUGACUUUUUGUCAGAUAAGAGCUAUAUCGAGGGCUACGUGCCAUCCCAGGCUGACGUCGCUGUAUUUGACGCCCUGUCUGGUGCUCCACCUGCAGACCUGUGCCAUGCCCUUCGCUGGUACAACCAUAUCAAGUCUUACCAGAAAGAGAAGGCCAGCCUCCCAGGAGUGAAGAAGCCUCUGGGUCAGUACGGUCCUGCUGGUGUCGAGGACACGACCAGUGGCGCCGCUCCUGUGAAAGAAGAGGAGGAGGAUGACGACAUCGAUCUGUUCGGUUCUGAUGAAGAGGAGGAUGAGGAGACUAAGAGGAUCAAGGAGGAGAGACUAGCAGCCUACAAUGAAAAGAAGUCUAAAAAGCCAGCCCUUAUCGCCAAGUCCUCCAUCCUUCUGGAUGUCAAGCCUUGGGAUGACGAAACAGAUAUGGCCAAGCUUGAGGAGUGCGUUCGCAGCAUUGAGUUGGACGGCCUGGUUUGGGGCCAGUCCAAACUUUUGCCUGUCGGCUACGGCAUUAAGAAGCUGCAGAUUGCUUGCGUGGUGGAAGACGACAAAGUUGGAACAGAUCAGCUGGAGGAGUUGAUCACCGCUUUCGAAGACUACGUGCAGUCCAUGGAUGUCGCCGCUUUCAACAAGAUUUAAAACACCGUGAAAUUCCUUGCACAAUAAAAUAGCACUUAAAA